AUGCCCAUUUCCUACGACAAAUGGGACAAGCUCGAAGUCUCAGAUGAUUCCGAUGUCGAAGUCCAUCCCAAUGUCGAUACCAAGAGUUUCAUUCGAGCAAAGCAGCGUCAGAUCCAUGAACAGCGUGCACAACGCAAGACCGAGAUCGAGACACUCAAGUAUGAGCGUAUCAUCAACGACGGCCUGCUAGAACGCAUCAAUGCUCUCCUCGAUGCUCUCAAGAAACAUCAAGACGAGGCCGCCACCAAGAACCCUGAAGGAAUCGUCUUCCAAGCCCUAAUCGAGAGUGCAGGUGACCCAGCCAAAGAUGAGCCUCCCAAGCCUCCUGAAGGCGUCUACACCCAUCAGAAAGAGCCGCAGCCUCGCUACUCCAAAAUGAUGGGCGCUCUGAUCGAUCAGGUCAAAAAAGAGGUUGAAGAAAAGGCCUCAUCCGAUCGUUACCACGACUACAUUCUUGGUGUGAACGGUCACCUCACAAAAGUUCAGAAAUUACAACAAGACCUCCUCGCUCGCCUGGCCCAGUUGGAACAGGAAGCCACUGCCAAAAUUACUAGCGAAGACAUACACGAUGGAUUCAACUCAUCCUUUGUCAACAAGUCCACAUCGGCGGCCAAGGAGAAAGACAAGGCGAAAGCGCCAGCCAAGAAAAAGACCGAGACUGUCGAACUUUUGAAUAAGCCCUCAGGCCUCAGUGGUUCUACUCGACAACCCCCCUCUCCUGCGGGCGAAGUCGUCUCGUCUGGUGCCGAAGCUGAUAUCGAGGAUGACUCUCUCUUGGAAAAAUACGAGGACUCGGAAGAAGAAACAGAAUCCAACCUCAAGCUCAACCCGGAAGGGAAACAAUUUGCUAACAUUAAACUCGGUGACUACAGGGCCUGCCUUCAGUUCAUCUCCCAGCACCCUGACAUUGUCAAUGAACGCACCCAAGACGCACUAAUGAUUGAGGCAUUUAACGCCCAGAUGAAAAACCAAGAGACUUACGCCCGCACUUGUGUUCAUCAGAGUCUGUUGAUUCAAUAUUGUCGACAACUGGGUCGCGACGGAGUAGGUGUCUUUUUCAAACGCAUCACCACCAAAGGCCACCAGGCACAACAAGUCUUCAACAAAGACCUGAACGAGACCUAUGCCCGUAUCAAGACUCGAGCAGCCGAGCUACAAAAGGAGGAAGGCAAUGAUCCAGCUGGAGUUGAACAGAUCCAGUUGCAUGCCGUCGAACCUGGCACCGAGAUCCACAUCAACGUUCCUGAAGCCAACUCUGACGAUCCGGUCGAGCAACAAGCCCGGCAAAUCUUUGAAAAUUUCCCCCCUGGCCUGCAACGGGCUCUUGAAUCCGGCAGUCUCGACGAAGUCAAUCUCGUAUUGGGAAAGAUGAGUGUGGAGGAAGCCGAGGAAGUGGUUGAGCUAUUGGGUCAAGGUGGUAUGUUGAGUCUGCAGGAAGGAGUCAUUGAUGCUACGAAUGAAGAAGGACAGAAACGCCUCAAAGAGAUCGAGGAGGAGGAAAAGCGCAAGAAGGAGGAAUUAGCCAAAGCAGCCGAUGUCGAGGGUGAGCCGGGCGAGGCUGUGGACUCAACCCAGGUCCCAAUCCGAUGA